UUGUUUUUCUUUUUGACCCAGUGACGCAGUUUCACCCUCUCAGAUGCUUUUUACGUCAUUAUUUCGUAAUAAACGACAGAGGAUUGCCGAAAAUUACUAGAAAACAAUUUCUAAAUACUUGUAAAAACAGAGAGAACAAUUGAACGAGGAAAAUGUCACAACACGCAAUUCCACUGGACAUUCUCGAUGAUCUCAGCAGAUAAAUAUUUAUCAUUCCAGUCGAUUUAUUAUAAAUGUCCCAGAAGAAGGUCGCAAAGACUUGGUGAGAAUUUGUUUCCAAAUAGAAUUAGCCCACUGGUUCUACAUCGAUUUCUACUGCACCGAAGAAAAUCCCCGGAAUCUUCAGUCAUGUGGAAUGAAGGAAUUUGCAACUCACAUCUUCAAGCACAUUCCUUUCCUCCAGCCAAACCUAUCGAGAAUAGAUUCAGUUCUAGAUCAGUGGAGAGAGUACAAGCAGAGUGUGCCGACCUUUGGGGCAAUUGUCCUGAAUGAGGACAUGACGAAGGUCCUCCUGGUGCAGAACUACUGGGCGAGAAAUAGCUGGGGUUUUCCCAAGGGGAAAGUCAACGAAGACGAGGACCCGAGUCACUGCGCGGUUCGAGAGGUCCUGGAGGAGACUGGCUUCGAUAUUUCUAAAUUAAUCGACAAGAACGAAUACAUCGAGUCGACGAUCAACGAUCGACUCGUGAGAUUGUACAUAAUUACUGGAGUCCAGAAGGAAACCAAAUUCCAGCCCAGAACGAGGAAGGAGAUCAAGAGUGUCGAGUGGUUCUCCCUCAUGGAUUUACCCAACAAUCCCAAAGAUAUGACCCCCAAGGUCAAGAUGGGAGUGGGACCAAACGCCUUUUUCAUGGUUGUACCUUUCGUCAGGCGAAUGAAACGGUGGGUUUUGGAAAAACAGCAGAAGGCCAAGCAAUUGUCAACUACUGCCAAAAGACAUAGACGUAAAUCACUCGGGGAUGCUGAAAGUGGAGUGAGAAACAGACGUCAAGGACUUCAAUCACAGAAUGGCUGCACCGAAAUAAAGAACGAGCGACAAUCAAACACAUCUCCAAUGGGUUAUCGACGUGCCGCAACGAAAAAUCUCUCAAAAAGUACUGACAAAAAUCCAAAAGGAGCGAUAAAACGAAAUUUAUUCGGUGAGCCUGGUGACGAUAGGAGCACUAAAUCCCCAUCAGUCCUCGCUAAACAAUUGACUGACAGUCCGAGGAUUGAGUCUCAGACAUUUGUCAAACAGAAUCAACGUAAAUCUCGGUUUGAAACCGACAAGAAAGAAAAAAAUAUGCACACACUGCUGACAGAUGCAGUGAGAAAAAUGCACUUGAAUUCUCAAGAGCCCUGUGACAUUUACCAAUUACAACCGAGAGUUUGGAUGGACUUCACAUUCGACAAACAAGCGGUGCUAAAUUGUAUUUAAUUUCACGAAUAAUUUUUUAUGUCCAACUAUUUGGAAUUCUAUGAUUUAUGAUACUUGACAUGUGAUAUUGAUGAUAAAACGCCAUUUGGUUUAGGUAUUAAGAAUGUGAUCUCAGUGCCGUUCCUGAUACUCUUUUUUUUUAAUUUUUGUUUAUAUGUUGAAAUAUUAUGUGAACAAGCAGAAAUAAAUUUUUCAAGAUA